AUCAUUCAAGAAAUUGCUCAAUCAAUUCAAAACACAGAUGGAGUUGACCUUUUGGAUACAGAUUGUAGUCCGUCAACCAAUCGCACAGUUUAUACUUUUGUUGGUUCUCCAGAUGAUGUUAUUGAAGGAGCUCUCAAUGCAGCAAGAACUGCUUAUAAGCACAUUGAUAUGACAAAACAUAAAGGAGAACAUCCUCGAAUUGGAGCACUAGAUGUCUGUCCUUUUAUUCCAGUUCAGGGUGUGGAAAUGGAAGAAUGUAUCUACUGUGCUAGGAAGUUUGGAGAGAAACUGGCUGCGGAGUUGAAUGUUCCAGUGUUUCUCUAUGGCUUUGCUGCUCAGCAUGAACACAGAAAGACUGUAUCUCAGAUACGAGUAGGGGAAUAUGAAGGAAUAAACGAAAAGAUCACCAAGCCAGAAUGGAAGCCAGACUAUGGUCCAGCUGAGUUCAUAUCAAGAUGGGGAGCAACCAUUUGUGGUGCCAGAAAGUUUCUGAUUUCCUACAAUGUUAAUGUUUUGGGUACUAAAGAAAAGCAUGAUAGGAACUUGGUGCACCUAUUGCACUGUAUCCAGAGCAUUGUUCCUCAGGACUUUCCAUCAUGCAUUGCCCCACCCCCUUAUUCUACUAGUGGAACAAGGGAAUCCUUACCACUCCUGGUUUCCAGUCACUGGGGAGGUGGACAGAGUGUUCGACCAGGUUGCCUCAAAAAUUGUCAGGGUAUUGGUUGGUGGUUAGAUGAAGCCAACUUGGCCCAGGUAUCCCUGAACCUCACAGAUCAUGAUGCUACUCCCAUUCAUACUGUUUAUGAAGAGGUUUGUAAACAUGCUCAAGACCUAAGAAUACCAGUAACAGGGUCUCAGAUCGUCGGUUUAGUUCCCUUGCGUGCUAUGCUUCAAACAGCAGAAUACUACAUUAAAAAAGAAAACCUGUUUAUAUUGGAAGAAGACCAAAAAGUUCAUCUUGCAGUCAACAGACUUGGUCUAAACUCGUUAGGCCAUUUUAACCCAAAAGAAAAAAUAAUUGAAUAUAGGCUUCCUGACCAACGUGUGGGCCCUCUGGCCAAGAAAACUGUACAAGAGUUUAUUACAGCAGUUGCAGCACGGACACCAGCACCAGGAGGUGGAUCAGUUGCUGCUGCUGUUGCUGCUAUGGGAUCUGCCCUAGGAGCAAUGGUAGGUCAAAUGACUUAUGGUAAAAGACAAUGGGAGAUGUAUGAUGCCCAUAUGAGAAAACUUAUUCCUGUUCUGCACAACACUAUGAAAGAACUGAUUACUCUCAUUGAUUCUGAUACAACAGCUUUCAAUGACUAUAUGGCAGCUAUGAAAUUGCCUAAGAACACACCAGAAGAAAUAGUAAUAAGAGAGACAGCUAUGGAGGCUGGUUUGAAGAAAGCUAUUGAAGUACCAAUGAGCCUCGCAAGACAUGUCAACAAAGUCUGGGAGGCAACAAAAGAACUUGCCACUUUAUCAAACAUAGGCACAAAAUCAGAUUUACAGGUCGGUGUGAAGUGCCUGGAGACAGGACUUUUGGGGGCCUACUGGAAUGUCACAAUUAAUAUGGAGGGUGUGAAGGAUGAGAUUUAUAAACAAAAGGUUCUGGAGGAAGUAGAACAUCACAGGAGAGUUGCAGAAACAGGCUGCCGGGAAGUGCUAAAAAUUCUUCAGGACAGACAGUAGAGGUUUUGUGACUGAUGAUUAAGAACAGUUUCAUUUGAGUAUUAAGGUUCUCAAAGAAUAAGGUUGUGAAGUGAAAGUGUUUUUGUUUUUUUUAAUGUUUGGACAAUCAUGUUUAUAUGUUGAGCCAAUGACAAGAGAGUAUGUGUAAUCAAAGUGCUAUUUCUUGUUCAUUGUAUUUGCUUACUACCAAUAAUUUUACCUUAUUAUAUGACAUACAUACAUAUUAAAGAAAUGGCUUAUUUGAGAUAUUUAUAUGGUUUUACUGAUAGGUCUACAAGUAGCUAUUUAUACGAGAUUAGGAAACCUUCAUAGGUUUAUUGUACAUAAAGUAUGCUAUCCUCAUUGUAUAUUAUUAAGUUGGCAAUAAAAUAGUCAGAAGUCCUU